AUGGUGUCAGCAGUCCAUGAAGAGAAGGAAGGUGGCCCGAAGCUGCUGAGGGGAAGUCACCCAGGAGCAGAGCAGAGCGGAGCGCUGGAUGUCACUAUUCCCGGUGCCCUGGAUGUCACUAUUCCCGGUGCCCAGGAUGUCACUAUUUCCGGUGCCCUGGAUGUCACUAUUCCCGGUGCCCAGGAUGUCACUAUUCCCGGUGCCCUGGAUGUCACUAUUCCCGGUGCCCUGGAUGUCACUAUUCCCGGUGCCCAGGAUGUCACUAUUCCCGGUGCCCUGGAUGUCACUAUUCCCGGUGCCCUGGAUGUCACUAUUCCCGGUGCCCUGGAUGUCACUAUUCCCGGUGCACUGGAUGUCACUAUUCCCGGUGCCCUGGAUGUCACUAUUCCCGGUGCACUGGAUGUCACUAUUCCCGGUGCCCUGGAUGUCACUAUUUCCGGUGCCCUGGAUGUCACUAUUCCCGGUGCACUGGAUGUCACUAUUCCCGGUGCCCUGGAUGUCACUAUUCCCGGUGCCCUGGAUGUCACUAUUCCCGGUGCCCUGGAUGUCACUAUUCCCGGUGCCCUGGAUGUCACUAUUCCCGGUGCCCAGGAUGUCACUAUUCCCGGUGCCCAGGAUGUCACUAUUCCCGGUGCCCUGGAUGUCACUAUUCCCGGUGCCCAGGAUGUCACUAUUCCCGGUGCCCUGGAUGUCACUAUUCCCGGUGCCCUGGAUGUCACUAUUCCCGGUGCCCUGGAUGUCACUAUUUUCGGUGCCCAGGAUGUCACUAUUCCCGGUGCCCAGGAUGUCACUAUUCCCGGUGCCCUGGAUGUCACUAUUCCCGGUGCCCAGGAUGUCACUAUUCCCGGUGCCCUGGAUGUCACUAUUCCCGGUGCCCUGGAUGUCACUAUUCCCGGUGCCCUGGAUGUCACUAUUCCCGGUGCCCUGGAUGUCACUAUUCCCGGUGCCCUGGAUGUCACUAUUCCCGGUGCACUGGAUGUCACUAUUCCCGGUGCCCAGGAUGUCACUAUUUCCGGUGCCCUGGAUGUCACUAUUCCCGGUGCCCAGGAUGUCACUAUUUCCGGUGCCCUGGAUGUCACUAUUCCCGGUGCCCUGGAUGUCACUAUUCCCGGUGCCCUGGAUGUCACUAUUCCCGGUGCCCUGGAUGUCACUAUUCCCGGUGCCCUGGAUGUCACUAUUCCCGGUGCACUGGAUGUCACUAUUCCCGGUGCCCUGGAUGUCACUAUUCCCGGUGCCCUGGAUGUCACUAUUCCCGGUGCCCAGGAUGUCACUAUUCCCGGUGCCCUGGAUGUCACUAUUCCCGGUGCCCUGGAUGUCACUAUUCCCGGUGCACUGGAUGUCACUAUUCCCGGUGCCCUGGAUGUCACUAUUCCCGGUGCCCUGGAUGUCACUAUUCCCGGUGCACUGGAUGUCACUAUUCCCGGUGCCCUGGAUGUCACUAUUCCCGGUGCCCUGGAUGUCACUAUUCCCGGUGCACUGGAUGUCACUAUUCCCGGUGCCCUGGAUGUCACUAUUCCCGGUGCCCUGGAUGUCACUAUUCCCGGUGCCCAGGAUGUCACUAUUCCCGGUGCCCUGGAUGUCACUAUUCCCGGUGCACUGGAUGUCACUAUUCCCGGUGCCCUGGAUGUCACUAUUCCCGGUGCCCUGGAUGUCACUAUUCCCGGUGCCCUGGAUGUCACUAUUCCCGGUGCCCUGGAUGUCACUAUUCCCGGUGCCCUGGAUGUCACUAUUCCCGGUGCCCUGGAUGUCACUAUUCCCGGUGCCCUGGAUGUCACUAUUCCCGGUGCCCUGGAUGUCACUAUUCCCGGUGCCCAGGAUGUCACUAUUCCCGGUGCCCUGGAUGUCACUAUUCCCGGUGCCCUGGAUGUCACUAUUCCCGGUGCCCUGGAUGUCACUAUUCCCGGUGCCCUGGAUGUCACUAUUCCCGGUGCCCUGGAUGUCACUAUUCCCGGUGCCCUGGAUGUCACUAUUCCCGGUGCCCUGGAUGUCACUAUUCCCGGUGCCCUGGAUGUCACUAUUCCCGGUGCACAGCCAGCUGCACGCUCAGAGAGUCGCCGCUCUAUGUGGGGUCUUCCGGGACCAGCGCCAACAUUUUUAACUCGUAAAUCAGUGCAAAUCAUCAGCAGCUGUUACUGA